CGGGCGGCUGUGCAGAGGGGUGAGCGCGGCCCGCUGACCGGAGCGCGGGGCCAUCGCUGGGCACCUCCUCCCUCUCCCGCGCCGCCUCCAGCGCGAGUGACAGCGCGUCCUCCGGGCUCGGGAGCGGCGGUGCCGCGCGAACAAUCCCGGGCAGGGCUCCACUCGCCGCUGGUGACAUCACUCCCAAAGAGACUCCCUGCUGUCGGCGCCUGCCUGGAGAGGCAUCUGUCCGUUUGUCUGUCUGCUGCUGGAGAGGGCUUAUCGUUGGCCGGGGACAAAGCCUGGGACCAAGGAGAGACAGGACCGGGAGAAGGAGGGAGAGCAAAGCCAGCGAGGGAAGAAGGACCCCGGCCGGCGACAGCAUGAAAUUCAGCGCAGCUCACUACUUGCUGCCUCUCCUGCCUGCGCUGGUCCUCAGCACCAGACAGGACUAUGAAGAGCUACAAAAGCAACUGAAAGAAGUCUUUAAGGAGCGAAGCACCAUCCUCCGUCAGCUGACAAAGACAUCAAGAGAACUUGAUGGAAUUAAAGUCAACCUUCUGUCUUUGAAAAAUGAAGAGAAAUCUGCCAAAACUGAUGUUCAGAAGCUUCUGGAAAUAGGUCAGAAACAAAGAGAACAAAUGAAGUCUCUCCAGGAGGCCCUGCAAAAUCAACUUAAAGAGACAUCUGAGAAAGCCGAAAAACAACAGGCUACUAUUAAUUUUUUAAAGACUGAAGUGGAAAGAAAGAGCAAAAUGAUCCGGGAUCUUCAGAAUGAGAAUAAAAGCUUGAAAAACAAACUCUUGUCAGGAAAUAAGCUCUGUGGCAUCCGUGCAGAAGAGUCAAAAAAAAUUCAAGCCCAGCUGAAGGAGCUUCGUUAUGGGAAGAAGGAUUUAUUAUUUAAGGCCCAACAGCUUACUGAUCUGGAACAAAAAUUAGCUGUGGCCAGAAAUGCGCUGGAGAAAGCAGCUCUUGAUCGGGAUUCACAACUGAAAGCACUGAAACAGACUGUGCAACUCUGCCUGUCAUCUGUUUUUCGUGAUCAACCACCCCCUCUGAGUCUAAUCAGGUCAAAUCCAACUCAGAUGUCAAUUCCACCCAGUCCCAUUGAUGUCAAGAUUCUAGAUGCAAGGACAAAAAGCAAGCCUGAACAAAGCACUCCUGGAAGCAGUGAGAACUCUCAAGUUGUUACAACAAAGGAAGAAAAUCUGAAUGCCCCUGAAUGCAAUUCUGAAAAUGAGGACAGGACAUGUUUGAUGAAGCAUAAAGAAAAUCCCCCAAGCAAUGGCAAUGCAAAACCAGAGCCUAUCCCACAGAAAUUGCAAAUGCCUCCUUGUACUGAAUGUGAAGUCGAAAAAACCCAAGGAAAAAAAUUCACCAGCUUUGAAGGAAGGGUGACUAAAGAAGAAAAAAUACUGUAGAUGUCAAGAAA